CGUUAAUCCAGAUGACUUGACAGGCUAAUGGUAGAUCUUGGGUCAGGGGCCUGUAAUGUACGUGUGAUACUACAGUUGGAUAACACUACACUGUUGCAGGUGUACGUGUCAGUCGUUAUAAUGUUAUGACUGUCUUUGUUAGCUAGCUGUCUGAGACGUAAACGUUGCCAGUUAGUCCAGCUGUGAUCGUUGUUGAUGUUACGUUAACGUUAGCUUAACGUCUUAUCAUGUGGGUUUUCGGUUACGGGUCUCUCAUAUGGAAAGUGGAUUUUCCAUAUGAGGAAAAAAGAGUUGGCUACAUAAAAGGCUUCAGCCGUCGGUUUUGGCAGGGUAGUACCGACCACAGGGGAGUACCGGGUAAGCCUGGCCGGGUCGUGACACUGGUCGAGGAUCCUGAGGGGUGCGUUUGGGGUGUCGCCUACAAGCUGCCGACGGGCCGGGAGCAGGAAGUGAAGAGCUACCUCGACUACCGAGAAAAAGGUGGUUAUCAGGUCAUCGCGGUGACCUUUCACCCCCGUCCACCACUCUCUCCCCCGCCCAGCCAAACGCUGCUUUACAUCGGUUCUCAGGACAAUCCAGACUACCUCGGCCCCGCCCCUCUGGAGGAGAUAGCCAACCAGAUCGUCAGCUCUACCGGUCCAAGUGGGCAAAAUACGGAGUACCUGUUUCAGCUGGCUAAUGCUGUGAGGACAAUUCUGCCUGAGGACUCAGACACACACCUGUUUUCUCUAGAAACGUUAGUGAGGGAACAACUACACAAUGUGCAGAAACACUCAAACACUCAAACGGGCUGAUUGUAACUAUAUAAUAAAUAAGACUUGAUCAAUGUAUUAAACCAGGCUGGGUUUGUCAAAUAAUGUCAGGGUUUAAGGUACACAUGGGGCCAAUCAGGAUAUUUAUCGGGUACAGAAAACAAGUUGACAAAGUCUGUUUUGUCCAUUAGUGUCACACUACAAAGAAAUGUCACCGUUUUGUCCAUUACACUGCAAAUAAUAUGUAAUGAAAGCUACUUCAAAGUAGGGAAAAUGACGAAUACAUGAAAGUACUCUUAACUGGCGUCCAAACUACAUGUUUAAUGAUCACAAAACAUGCUGUGGAAAAACUUUUAGAUUUUCUUCUUGUACAAUAUUCAACAGCAUAAAGGAAGGAAUAAUAUUGAGUGAAUAUAUCACAUUCACAGAUGCAUGGGGUCUGUUUUGAUCCAUUUUAAAACAUUCAGCAUUUGAAGUAAGACUGCACUGUUCUCCCAGCUGAAGUGAAAUGUAGGGCUCACCCAAAAUGUACGGUCAUUUAAAGUUGGAGCCCAUAGCAGUUUUGGCACAUUUAAAGUCCCUGAAAACCUGUAUUCAAAUAUUGAUUAUUUCUGUAUAACAUUAAAUAGUCAUGACUAAAUAAGCAAUAGUUAAAGUACAAAAACAAAACAUCCUUAUAUACUAUUAAGACUUGUGUGUGUGUGUGAAGAGCACAGAGAAAAACAACACGGACAGAAAGCUCUCAGGAGAAAACUGUUUCAACUUGGUGAGAAAGUUUUGUUUUCAUGUAGGAGUUCAUCGCUCAACACAAAAACCUGAUUGAGAACAUUUGUUUUUAGGACCUUUUAGAGUUAAACUCAAGAUGGCUUUGAUGAUGAUGUUAGGGAGAGCUAUAUUUUUUACCUUUGUGCACACAUAAAGAUGAAGAGAUGUUGGAUAGAGGUUCACCAGAGAAUUUAUGAUACUGUUUUCAAAUCCCUGAAACAAAAGCUGAAUAUAAAGUUUUGGAGCAUCAUCAGUCCUCCCCAAACACAUUUUUUAGUGCCAUUAUUCAUAACUAUUUCCAAAGUUGAUUGUCUAACCAGAUAAUCCUGCUUUGGUAAAUGCCCUCCAUCUCUCUUCCUGAUAUGAAAACCGAAUUUCAGGGCAGAUCUUAUCAUACUACUGAAAUCACGCAGUGUACAGCCACACAUGUACACUUUGUGUAUUCCAGCUAUGCUUCUUGUCAUUCUGCCAGCAUACGUCUCAGCACAGUGAACAUAUCAAAGUCGACAGGGCUGCAUCAGAAAAGAUCAACAUGCAGAAUAAAGAUGGUGACAGCUC